GUGAUUUAAGUAUUCACAAUGGUGGUGCGAUCGUUGUGCAAAGGAAAACACAAUGGCACUAUGAUUCGGUCCUCGCAAUGUAAAUGAGUUUUUGGUUCUAUUUUGGAUGCAAGUUUGAUGGCGACACUUGCAAGGAGAAUGAGUUUCGUGCAUUUGCAGGUAGGGGAGGGGCUCGCUGUGUGGUUGGCAUGGUGAUUCUCGCAAAGGACAAAAGUCACGAUGUUGGUUUUUUAAGAGUGAUGGAGUUUCGCGAUGGAGGUCUAUCGUGGUGCCGCUCACGAGCUAGGUUCCAUGGUGGCGACGUUCGCGAGCUAGGGUUCAUGGUAGCGACGCGAUUGGGUUUCUCUGCUAUGCGAUUUGGGAGUUCAGAAAUUGUGAUUUUUUCUGGGUUUUGUUGUGUCUGAAUCGCGAGGAAGAAGAUGAUGUUAAUGGUGUCC